UCUGGGAUACAACAUGUCUCCUGUGGUUGUUUGCCAAUGCUAAUUUUCGAAACUUCUCUGCCAUUUAAUGUACACAUAUGCACGUUGCCUCGUGGUCAAUGAGUCUUUGAUAAUAACUAUUGCUGCAUUGUUGCCAUGUCAACGAAAGCGGAGUGCAGAGUAUCCAGUUCCAGCUCUAGGACAGAUGACAAAAGCAGAGCAGGUAGAGAAAAAAAGAAGCGUAAACGCAGCCGUAGCAGAUCUUCUUCCUCCUCCUCCUCCUCCUCCUCCUCCAGUUCAUCGUCUGCUUCAUCGACGUCAUCGUCUUCUUCAUCUGGCGCGUCGCACUCAUCCAGCAGCAGCCGGAGUAGUUCCAGGAGUAGCGACUCCCGGAGUAAGUCCAGAAAACAGUCGAAGAAAAGGAAAAGGGAGAAAAUUAAAAAGAAGGGUAAGAAAGAGAAGCGACAUAAACGGAAAAAGGAAAAGAAAUCCAAAAGCGGGGAAGAAAAUUCCGGGCCUGUUCAGAUAUCCAAGUACUUGAAGGAAAAGACGAAAGGAAGCAAGUACAGCAUGAUUUCAGGAAAGAAGAUAAAGAUGAAAGUAAAGAAGUCCAAAAAAGAUAAACAGCGGGACAAAAAUCGAGCUGAACUUUUGGAGUUCCUUAAUUCUACCUUGUGAUUCCCCGCGCGGACACGGGAACCAACCUCAGGAAACUACAAGCGGGCUUUCCGGAAGAAGAAAUGUAAAUAAAGUUUGAUGUCGAACCAAGGCGUGACACACUGCUAGGCAGGUGUACUCGCAUGCCAAUGUUUAACAUCACAUCCACUUUUUUGUAUGUAUUUUUAAGUUAAAUGUAAGCGACCCUACGCAGAAAAACUUUCUGCUGAUUUGUCUAGUUUUUUGUGGUGUACUCAAAAUGGGCAGCACUGCACAUGCAUAACCUGAUCUCCAUUGACAAUCGUGAUUCUCAUUCCCCAUAUAAAGGGGGUAAAAUUGGUUAUAUUUCUCCAGAUUGUCGGUAUGUGUAUACCCUACUUUUAGAGGGUAAAUGUAAAAGUGCAGUACAGUGAAGGUCAGUCUUGAUAGAUAUUGCCAUUAAGCAUAUUGGUACAACUGCAUAACUCCAGGAGUUCCAAUAUUGAAAAGUCCUACCAUACAAUGAUAAUAAUAAUCAGUUUUGAUUACAUAACUGUUAGAGAGUAUUCAUGUUCAAAUUGCAUUUGUUUGCAGUGCGGAUGUACCGAAAGAAAUGUAUGUUGAGUGUCUACAUGUACAUUUCUGUAGCUAGUUAAUAUUCUAUCACUAUUUUUGGACUCAAGUUGAGCAUAGUCCUCCGUGUGUAUUGAACUAACAGUACUAUUAAUGUGAUGAUCAAUAUUUUACACAUACUUGAAACGCCAUUCGUAACACCUUCUUGAUUUUAGCAGUGGUCCGUAAAGCCAAUUAGUCUGUUCUUAUGUCAUCGCAUUUAUGGAACUCUGUGACAAAAUGGAAAUAAACCAAUCCUAUGUUUAAUGACUUUGUCCGUCAAUAUUU